AGCAGUGAGAAGUAUCUUGGACAAUGGCUUCAUACACGUUACCGGAGGGAUUCAGUGACUUCGACAUGUUCGCCUUCGGCUCCGCGCUGCUGGUGGGCGGUCUUCUCGGUUUCUUUCUUAACUUUAUCUCGGUGAUGGCGUUCCUCAGAAUCCGGGAGAUGCAGACGCCCAAUAACUUCUUCAUCUUUAACCUGGCUGUGGCUGAUCUGAGCCUCAACAUUAACGGUUUAGUGGCUGCUUACGCUAGUUACCUGAGAUACUGGCCGUUUGGGUCGGAGGGCUGUCAGAUGCACGCUUUUCAGGGAAUGGUGUCGAUCCUCGCCGGCAUCAGUUUUCUGGCUGCCAUUGCUUGGGACAGAUAUCAUCAGUACUGUACUAAGCAGAAGAUGUUCUGGAGCACGUCUGUGACCAUCAGCACCAUCAUCUGGAUCCUGGCUGUGUUCUGGGCCGCUCUGCCGCUGCCGGCCAUCGGAUGGGGCGUCUUUGACUUUGAGCCGAUGAAAACAUGCUGUACGCUGGACUACACACAAGGAGACCGGAGUUACAUCACCUACAUGCUGUCCAUCACUGUACUGUAUUUAGCAUUCCCUGUUAUGGUUUUACAGUCCUCCUACAAUGCCAUCUAUGCUUAUUUCAAAAAGACGCACCAUUUUAAGUUUAACACAGGUUUACCUCUGAAAGCGCUGCUGUUCUGCUGGGGUCCGUAUGUUCUGAUGUGCACAUAUGCCUGCUUCGAGAACGUUAACCUCGUUUCACCAAAGCUCAGAAUGGUCCUCCCGGUGCUGGCGAAGACGUCUCCGAUCUUCCACGCCGUCCUGUUCGCGUUCGGUAACGAGUUCUACCGCGAAGGAGUCUGGCAGUUCCUCACCGGGCAGAAGUCUGGAGACAAAAAGAAAUAGUGAAAGAGCUUUAGC